CGAUAGUGAUGUUGUGGACCCUUGUGAUACGACUGCUGUGUUUCUGUGAUAUGUUUGCCUUAGUAUAGAUUGUAGCGGCAUGAACCUUUACAUGCAGUGUCAUCGUGAGCUGUGACAAGGAGUUCACUUGCAGACACUGAAAACUAGUUAUAAGAAAAACAAACAAAAAUAGUUAAAAUGACAUUCCGCUGUGUUCCCACCUUCCAAGCUGUGUCGAACGACAGUAAUGCCACCUGGGAGCGUUUGGGGGGCGGAGGCCUGGGCCUGGCCGGCGGCGGGUUCCGCGGCGGCGCGCAGCCCUCGCUGGCGGACUUCCAGCCGCCGUACUUCCCGCCGCCGUUUGCGCCCGCGCCGCACCCCGCCUCGCCGCACCACCAGCAACAGAGCCAUGGUAUGGAGUACGGCGGUGGCGGGGGCGGCGGCGCGGAGUACGCGCAGCACUACGCGCCGCAGCAGCUGCUGCCGCGCCACCACGGCCACCACGAGCCGCCGCACCUGCGGCACCACCGCGACCACCACGACGCCAUACACGCGCACCACUUGUCUCACGGUGGGUUCAGUUACGGUGGAGGGGAGCGGCGAGCUGACUAUGGAGCCCGGGAGCAGCAUGAACUGGCGUUGCACCACGCCCUGCACUCCGCUGAGGAGGCACCGAACGCAGGCAUGGACGAUACGUCGGGUUUCAUGACUGAUCUGCCUUUAUUAAAAACAAUGAAAGGGCGCGACGGCCUCGGCGGCACGGGGUCCUGUGCCCCCAACGACGUGUUCUGCUCGGUGCCGGGCCGGCUGUCCCUUCUGUCCUCAACUAGCAAGUACAAGGUCACCGUGGCUGAGGUGCAGCGGCGGCUGUCGCCCCCCGAGUGCCUCAACGCUAGUCUGCUGGGAGGUGUCUUGAGGAGAGCGAAGAGCAAGAACGGCGGGAGACUACUAAGGGAAAAGUUGGAGAAAAUCGGCCUGAACCUACCUGCAGGCCGGCGGAAAGCGGCCAACGUUACGCUGCUUACCUCACUUGUUGAAGCUGAGGCGGUGCACCUGGCGCGCGACUUUGGCUACGUGUGCGAGACAGAGUUUCCUGCGCGUGCGCUCGCUGAGUACCUCGCAAGACAGUACGCCGAGCACGACGCGCGGCGUCGCCGAGACUUGCUGCAAGCUACUAAACAGGUGACAAAGGAGCUGAUGGACCUGCUGAACCAGGACCGGUCCCCGCUGUGCAAUACCCGACCCCCUCACCUGCUGGAGCCGGCCAUACAGCGGCACCUCACACACUUCUCCCUCAUAUCGCACGGCUUCGGAGGGCCUGCCAUUGUCGCCGCCCUCACCGCCAUACAGAAUUUCUUGAACGAGUCGCUCAAGCAUUUAGACAAAUUAUAUCCUCAAAGUGGAAUGGUAUCAUCUUCCAUGGACAAGACAAAAAUGGAUCCGGACAUCAAGAAGUAACGACAGAGAAACGGCGGCGACGUCGGACUUUACUGCAAAAUACGCACAUUAGGCAUAAACAAGUGAACGAAAUGGACGUUGGGUUGUUUAUAUGUCUAUUUUAGCGAAAAGUUGACAUACUGCCAUUGCUACAGCGCGGCUACUAUAAGCUGGUAUAACAACGUUGGAAGACAGAACUAAUCUAUUCAUCUUUUAAGACCUUGAAUCUAUAGUGUGUUGAUCGAAGUUCGUUUGUAAUACAAAAAUAGGCAAAUGGAUGGAAGUACCUAUUGUCAGAAAAAUGAGAGAUAGGCGCGGUAGUUUUACACCAAACCAAUGAAAGACAGUGGAGGAUAUCUCUUCGAACAUCAGAAGUCAAUAUCAUUACCGUAAUCACAAUUAUAUCCUAGAAUCUUUUGUCUUUUUGCAAAUAUCCAAUUAGAACUUAUGUUUGUCACCAACUUACGUACGUUCUAACUGGAUAUUUCCAAAAAGACAAAAAAUCUAGGAUAUUUUUGUGUUUACGGUAAUGAUAUUGACUUCUGGUGUUCGAAAGACUACCCUGGAGCCACCAUAUAGUAAAAUCACUGUAUGUUCACAAUGUGAUGUGUACUUAUUUUUAUGACAAUCUGACGUGGCCCGCAUACAAAUAAAGUGCAAUUAUAAUACUCGUGAUUGUGAGAUUGUAAAUAUAGAACUAAAUACACCUAUAGUAUUACUUUAAGCAUUUAUAGCUUGUAAUUUUUAUGCGUACAGGACAAUUUUUACAUUCAAAAACAAAAUAAGUUCGUUAGACAAUAUAGAUUAGCCCCCGUAGCAUGCUGCUCGCAUAUCGUGCGCGAUGCUAUAAGCCAUAGAAUUGGUAGCGUUAGCUUAUUUUAUCCCAACGCGCGCGAUAGCGACAUCGUGUUACAGGGGCAGAAUUAAUCUAUAGGUAAACCACCGCAAUAUAAACACAUAUCAAAAUGUUAAAAUGUAAAUAGUUACACAAAGAAAAAUUCAAAAUAUGGUUUUUCAAAAAUUUACAGUCCACGGAAUAAGAUAAGAAAUGAAUUAAUAAAAACCUCUUUAGUUUGUAAUUAGUUAUAGUUUUGCUAGUGAAUCAAUGUGAAAGUGUGCCAAUUAGUUAUAAUAUGGAAAUUACUGCAAUUUCCGAUGGUAAAGUAUUUAAUAUUUAUUAUUGUUAUGGCUUGUAUGUAUAUAUUUAAAAUAGGGCUGGUGUCUUGCCCGAUUUUCAGUUUUUCACAAAAGUAUUCAGUUGAAAAUAAAUAUUUUCAUGACAUACAUAACUAUACUAAUUACUUAUGAGUUUUCUUAUCUUUGGAAAAGUUUCAAAACAAUAUAAUAUAAUUUGUAAAGCUAAAGGACUAGUUAACAAAACGUUAAACCUUAUAAAUUUUUUGAAGAAAUUUUUAAAUUAAAACCUAUCGUCAGCCUUUCUUAGACCAAAAUCAUAAUUAUUUUUUAUAACAUUUUUGUCGCCACUUUCUUCUACAAUGUUAAAAAGAAGUCCUACUACACGUUUACUGUCUGAAAGUAUGAUGUGCCAAAUGAUACUUUAAUAGUAUUUAAAAACAUAAUUAUAGUUUCUCUAUGUUCAAUGUUUAUUUCAAAUUAAAGGUAUUUUUAUGAUCCAUCGAGUCGCUUUGUAAAUAUUUUUCACGUUGUAAUUUAGUUCAAUAAUAAUUUUAAGCACCUUUUCUAUCUGCGAUAUUUUUCAAAAGCUCAUUUUGCUGAUUACCUCAUUGUAAUAAGAUUUACAUUUUGUAAAUUAAGCAUAAAAUAAUGCUGCCACAGCCUGUGAAAAUACUUGUUUACUUAUUUUAUUUUUGAUUAUAUUAUUGGUGUCAUAAAAAAUUAUUAUGAACAAAUGUGUUUGUAAUAUUUUAAGAUUUUUAAGAAAUUACCAUUGUGUAAGUACUUGAAUUCUGUUUCGUGGAGUAAAACAACGAUGUUUACAACAA